GUUAAACCUGCGAAGAUGCCGUGUGUCAGCUCUCAUCUCGACCAGAUGGUGAAGAUGCCUUGUAGCUACAGCUCUGUGGUUGAUGAAAUCCUCAUGGUAGAGCAGAUCCUGUCAGAGUUCACGCUGAAUAAGGAAGAGCUCAAAGAAGUCAUGAAGAGGAUGCAGCGUGAGAUGGAGAGAGGACUGCGUUUAGAGACGCAUGAAGAAGCCAGUGUCAAAAUGCUUCCAACGUAUGUCUGCUCCACCCCUGAGGGAUCAGAGGUGGGCGACUUCCUGGCUCUGGACCUGGGGGGGACGAACUUCCGUGUGAUGCUGGUGAAGGUGGGUGAAGAUGAGGAGAGGAGCUGGAAGGUGGAGACCAAGAACCAGAUGUACUCCAUUCCUGAAGAUGCCAUGACAGGCACUGCUGAAAUGCUGUUUGACUACAUAGCAGAGUGUAUGUCAGACUUUUUGGACAAACAUCAUAUCAAGCACAAAAAGCUUCCUCUGGGUUUCACCUUCUCCUUUCCUGUACGACAUGAGGACAUUGACAAGGGUAUCCUGCUUAACUGGACCAAAGGCUUCAAGGCAUCUGGGGCAGAAGGGAACAAUGUUGUGGGUUUACUCAGAGAUGCUAUCAAGAGACGAGGGGACUUUGAGAUGGAUGUGGUUGCCAUGGUGAAUGACACAGUAGCCACCAUGAUUUCCUGCUAUUAUGAGGAUCGCAGCUGUGAAGUCGGGAUGAUUGUUGGCACUGGUUGCAAUGCGUGUUACAUGGAGGAGAUGAGGACUGUGGAGCUGGUAGAAGGGGAGGAGGGCCGGAUGUGUGUGAACACAGAGUGGGGGGCGUUUGGAGACAACGGGGAGCUGGAGGAGUUCAGGCUGGAGUACGACAGAGUGGUAGACGAGACCUCGAUUAACCCUGGACAUCAGCUUUUUGAGAAGCUGAUCAGCGGGAAGUACAUGGGUGAGCUGGUGAGGCUUGUUCUGAUGAAGCUGGUGAAUGAAGACCUGCUGUUUAACGGCGAAGCCUCAGAGCUGCUGAAGACACGUGGCAGCUUUGAGACGCGCUAUGUCUCACAGGUGGAGAGUGACACCGGGGACAGGAAACAAAUCUACAACAUCCUGUCGUCACUGGGUGUUCUGCCGUCAGAGCUGGACUGUGACAUCGUGCGUCUGGUCUGUGAGAGUGUUUCCACUCGCUCUGCUCAUAUGUGCGGCGCAGGCCUUGCUGGUGUGAUCAACCGGAUGAGGGAGCGACGCAGCCAGGAAGCCCUGGAGAUCACAGUGGGGGUUGAUGGAUCUGUCUACAAGCUGCACCCAUGUUUCCGCGAGAGGUUCCACAAGAUCGUCAGGGACCUAACGCCUCACUGCGAGAUCACCUUCAUCCAGUCGGAGGAGGGCAGCGGUCGUGGAGCUGCUCUUAUCUCAGCCGUGGCCUGUAAGAUGGCCGCGUGCAUGCUGACACAGUAA